UGGUUUUCAUAUAAUAAUGUUCUCCUUUUUUCUUAUUUUAUUAUUUCUAAAUCUUUAACAUAAUAAUAUUUCAUUCUACUCUAAGCACUAUAAAUACUGAUAAAUAAGUGCCUAUGUUGGGUACCUUCCACUUCUCAUGCCCAUAUCAUAUCUUAUUCUUCCUCUUUAUAAUUUUAAUAAAGCAAAGCAAAAAGAAGACACUCAACAAUAUGGACAGUAGUGAAGUCAUUACAUCUACAAAUGAUGAAAAUUUUGGUUGUUUCACUCGUGUUUGUAAUAAAAUCAGGUCCUUGUUUAAGAGACUGUAUGAAAAUAUGAUUAAAUUUGGCCGGGAGGCGAUGAAAUUAGGAAAAGAUGAUCCUAGAAGAAUUUACCACGCCUUAAAAGUUGGAUUAGCGAUUACGGUGGUUUCUUUAUUCUAUUAUUUCCAACCUAUCUAUGAUGGGUUUGGUGUGUCUGCUAUGUGGGCUGUUAUUACGGUCGUCGUAGUUUUCGAGUACACUGUAGGAGCAACCUUAGGGAAGGGUUUCAAUAGAAUGAUAUCAACCCUUGUAGCAGGGUUUCUAGGAGUGAUAGCUCAUUACGUGGCUGAUCUUUCUGGGAACACAGGAGAGCCUAUUUUACUUGCUCUCUUUGGCUUUAUAGUAGCUGCAAUAUUUACAUUUAUGAGGUUUUUUCCAAAGUUGAAGGCGAGAUAUGAUUAUGGACUAAUGAUAUUCAUAUUAACGUUCGCUUUGGUUGCCGUAUCGGGGUAUCGAGAUGAUGAGGUGAUAAAGAUGGCGCAACAAAGAUUGUGGACGGUUAUGAUUGGAAGUAUUAUUGCAAUGCUCAUUUGCGUAUUCAUUUCCCCUGUUUGGACUGGAACUGAACUCAACAAUCUUAUUGCUUCCAACAUUGAAAAGCUUGCCAUAUUUUUUGAAGGAUUUGGAAGUGAAUAUCUUAAAACAACAGAACAAAAGCCAAAGCAAGACCGCUCUAAUUUUCGACAACAGUACAAAAUUGCUCUAGGUACUAAAAGCACUGAAGAGACCAUGGCGAACUUUGCUAAAUGGGAGCCAGCCCACGGCAAGUUUAAAUUUCGGCACCCAUGGAAACAAUAUCUAAAGAUCGGAACCCUAGUUCGACAAUGUGCUUUCCGAGUUGAUGCACUCGACAAUUACCUUGACUAUGACAUGCAACAAACACAACCUGUAAUCCAAGAAAAUUUCAAACAAAUAUGCAAAAAGUUGAGCUAUGAAUUAGGCAAUGUUAUGAAAGAAGUAGCAUCAAGUAUCAAGAAGAUGAAAAAAACAUCAGCAGUAAAAUCACAGUUGACUGAUACAAAACUUGCUGUUCGGGAUCUAAAAACUUUGCUUCAAGACAAAAGUUUAUGGGAAAAAUUCAAUCUUUUAGAAGUGUUACCAGUUGCAACUGUUGCUUCAAUACUUAUUGAAAUUGUAAAUUGUAUAGAAAAUAUAGUAGAAGAGGUACAUGAAUUAGGUUGCAUGGCAAAUUUUAAGUCUAUGGAAAACGCAAUUGGACCAGUAAAAGAGUUGUCUGACGUUAUUAGACCUCAUUAUAUUGUCACCGUUGAUGAUGACGAAGAAGCAACUAAUAAGAGCAAUGUAAUUCCAAAUCACAAAGGGAUGAUUUCACCAGCAGAAGCAGAAAUAAAGAGUAUAGGCUAAGCAUGCUAUGAAUUAGGGCGACUAUAUGACUUGUAAAUAAUAUUACUAAUUAUAGAGGCCAAAAAUAACUCGAAAUCGUAGUGAUGUUUUUGCCAAGGAUGUCUUGACCUAGUUGUUAAGAGUUAAGACUAAGGUACGUACUAAUAGGUACAUUAGGUCUGUGCGCUUAAAAUUAUGUUCUAUCAUUGUAAUAUUAAAUUUGUAAUGGGUUUCACACUAAUAUUUCGAAAAUUUAAAGAAGGAUGAAGAAAAACAUAGUAUACACAUGCAUGAGAAAAAAGAACAAAGUUUUAAAUGGAUAAAGUACAUACACCGUACCAAUAUAAAUGGUGAGCCUUAGACACCUUCUACUCACAUAGUAUUAUAUUUUGUCAAGGAUUAAUACAUAUAGAAAUAUAACUCACAAUCUAAGAACUCGCUUACUUGAGUUUAAAGUUCUCUCCUUUGAUGAAAGUUUCACACCAAAGGAAAGAAGACACAUCCUU